AGGUUAGCCAAACAUGCUAUGCACAGAUGUUCACACUUGCGCCGGCGUCCUGCUCACGGUGAACUCCCUCCCUCUCUUACGGCUGCCAACCGCCCACAGUCACUUCGUCUUUUUCCCUCAGUAAGGGUCACAUGGCAGUCUCAUCCGAGUCCGAUGCCCACCUGGGCCAACCCGAGGACCCGAAUCACAGUGAUCCCACCACCGCACACGACGACCUCGAUGAUUUCGAAUCAGAAAUCGAGGAAGACGACGAUGAAUCAGAAGAAGAUGACGAGGAACCGGAACCCAUAACUCCGGAGGCCCAAAUGCGUACGGAGCGGGUCAAUAUGGAAUCCCUUUUCAAGCGCCUCUCCACAGAGCGAGUCCCGGUAAGAGUGCACGAUAUUUUGAUAAAGGGCAACACGAAAACCAAAGAUUCCGUAAUUGAGGCCGAGGUCGAGGCACUACUCAAGAAUGCUACAACAGUACAACAGUUGCUCCAGGCCGCAGGUGUCGCCAACGCGCGGCUGCAGCACCUUGAUAUUUUUGAUUCUGUGAACAUUACACUUGACGCCGGCCCGCCUGAGCUCCCUGGAACUGCCAAUGUUGUGGUAGAGGUUUCUGAGGCCAAGAACCCUCUCACCGGCGAUGUAGGAAUUUUUUCCAAACCCGAGGCUAGGUCAUGGUCUCUUGAAGGAUCUCUUAAGCUGAAAAACUUGUUUGGUUAUGGAGAUCUAUGGGAUGGUUCUGUGGCUUAUGGCUGGGGUCAAGCAUCAGAGGUUAGUGCCGGAGUCGCCUUUCCCAAAUUCAAAGCAUUGGCCACACCUUUGACAGCUCGAAUAUCUCUUCUUUCCCAAGAUUGGUUGAAGUUUUCUUCCUAUAAAGAGAAAGCAUUGGGCAUAUCACUUGGCCUAUUAUCCAUUGGAAAUCAUGAUUUAUCAUAUCAUCUCUCAUGGCGUACCUUAACCGAUCCAUCUCAAAUGGCUUCUCACUCAGUUAGGAGGCAGCUUGGACAUGGUCUACUCUCAGCUCUGAAGUACACAUUUAAAGUUGACCAGCGAAAUUCACCUCUAAGGCCAACUCGAGGAUAUGCUUUCCUUUCCACUACACAUAUCGGUGGUCUUGUUCCAGAAAAUCGAAGCUUACAUUUUAUACGUCAGGAAUUUGAUCUUCGUUAUGCUGUUCCCUUGGGAUUUUACCGCGCUGCGUUGAACUUUGGAAUCUCAAGUGGUGUUAUUUUCCCAUGGGGGAGAGGAUUCCUGAAUACACCUUCAUAUUUACCAGAGAGGUUCUUCUUGGGUGGUAAUUCUUCUCCAGUUUGCACCUUGAGAGGCCCAAUGUCAAUUUUAGGUUUCAAGGCAAGGGGACUAGGCCCUGCUGAGCCUAGAAGACAAGAAAGAGGAAACGGUAAUAAUGAAAGCUCUGACGCUUCUACCGGAAUGGAUUUUAUUGGUGGAGACCUUGCUGUAACAGCUUUUGUAGACUUGUCUUUUGAUCUACCCUUGAGGGUGUUCAGAGAAGCUGGUAUCCAUGGCCACGCUUUUGCCUGUACUGGAAGCCUUACUAAAUUAACUGAGAAUGUAUAUCGAGAAUUUUCAUUACAGAAAUUACGAGAUUCCUUUCGAUGCUCUGCAGGAUUUGGUAUCAUUGUACCCACCAAGCUAUUCCGCAUGGAGGUUAACUACUGUUACAUACUGAAACAACACGAGCAUGACCAAGGGAAGAGCGGUGUGCAGUUUAGCUUCUCUUCGCUAUAAUACAUUUUGUGAUUAUUUUGUCCCUUUCUUGAUAGCCAUUGACAUUGAUUUGACCUCAAGGACUUCUGUGUAAGGUAAAUGAGAGAAAUUUCCCCAUUCUACCUAACCAGCCAAUUUAGGCUGCUUCAAGAAUUGUAAUUUUAAGUUCAGGCAAUUUUGUGGUUAACCUUUACAGAUAAAUAAGAUUACCAGAGUAUUAGCACAGGUAUGUUUGACCUUUAUUUCAAAUUGCUUGAUAAAUGAAUUUUUUAUUUAAAGUUGUCUGCAGCAUCCACUGUAUCCUAUUUUUUGGUGAGAUAAAGUUUAAUGUGUAAUGAAGAUCGUCCUUGGAAU